ACUGAAUUAUUUGACAGUUCAUAAAGUAAACAAAACAAUAUUUUAUGUGUAUACAUACAAGGAGAAUAUUUUGCAAUUAGUUACAGAAAAUUGAGAAGAAUUUAUAAUAAAAACGCAAAAAUGGACAACGAGCGACUAGAUUUGAUUUCCCAAUUCCUACAAAAUGAGGAAGAGCUCAUGAGCGGGAAUGCUGGUGUAUUGGCGAUGUUAAACAGCUUGCCUUCGAGCUCCAGCUCGGAAUCUUCCUCAAGCUCUGAUGAAUCGGAACGGGAAGAAUGGAGCAAAUGUGAGAACUUUUGUGAAGUCAUUGAAGGUUACAACGAAAGUGAAUUCAAAGCCCACAUGAGACUACGGCGUUCAACUGUAGAGUUUUUAAUCGAGAAAUAUGCAAGCAGUGCCGAGCCUAGAAUGAACUAUGGUGGAAGAGAAAGUGUUCCACCAAAGAAAAAGGUGUUUAUUUAUAUAUGGUAUAUAAGCAAUACCGUCACAUUUCGACAGCUUGCAAAUUUGUUUGGAGUGUCUUCGUCAACCGCUUGGGCUGUUGUUAAAAGUGUGUCAGGUUGGCUUAUAACAAUUGGCCACGAAUAUAUAAAGUGGCCGCAAGGUACUGCAGCAGAGGAUGCAAAAAGAAAAUUUGAGGCAAAGAGUGGUUUGCCGGGAGUAAUCGGUGCCAUAGACUGUACUCACAUUCGUAAUAAAGCUCCAGAAGAAAAUAAAGAAAAUUACUUCGAUAGAAAGCACACUUAUAGCCUAGUUCUUCAGGCAGUAGUGGAUGCGGAUAAAAGAUUCACCGAUGUAACUUGUGGUGAGCCUGGUUCACUUCAUGACAGUAGAGUUCUUCGUAGGUCAAGUCUUUUUGCUACAGCGCAGUCUGAACCUGAAAGUUUAUUUCCGAAUGACUCAUUCAUUUUGGGUGAUUCGGCUUACCCCGCUACAAGUUGGUUGGUACCUCCAUUUAAGGACUACGGCAAUUUGAGUGAAUCGCAAAGAAACUUCAACAAAUUACACUCUUCUACUCGAAUAGUUGUGGAAAACGCUUUCGGCUUAUUAAAAACUCGCUUUAGAAGGUUACUACAUUUUACUGAGCAAACUAAUUUAUGUUUUGUUGUCAAUAUAAUUGUUAGUGCGUGUAUUCUACACAAUAUAUGUUUAAUAUUUGAUGAUUUAAAUAUUGGAUUUGUUCAGAACGAAAUGUCGGAAUACAAUUUGCAAGAUGAACCUAUUGAAGACAAUUACCAUGCAAAUGGGAAUAGACGAGAUUUAUUGUUCGAAUAUUUGCAGGAGCAUAAUUUGAUUUAAGAAAAAAUAC